AUGUCGAGAGCAGACGAAAUUGUGCCCAAGGAAGAGAUGAACAAGCAAUUCGCCCAGCUCAGGGCGAGGCUUGACAAUAAGACUUGCUUCGAUUGUGAGGCCAAGAGCCCCACUUGGGCUUCGAUCCCUCUUGGUAUCUUCAUCUGCAUGGAUUGCUCGGCUACUCACCGCAGCCUUGGCACUCAUCUCUCCUUCGUGCGAUCGACUAUGUUCGACGGCUGGACGAAGGAUCAGAUGAAGUACAUGUCACUCGGCGGCAACGGUCGUGCUCGCGCCUUCUUCAGAAACCACGGCAUUGAGAGCACACGCCGUGAGGACAUCAACACCAAGUACCGCUCCCGCGCCGCCGAGCUCUACCGGGAGCAGCUCAAGACCGACGUCUUCGGCACCCCCAAGCGAACCUCUACAUUUGCGAAGAAGGGCGCCGAAGAGGAGAGCACGCCAAAGGAAGAGGAAGAGGAGGACUGGUUCUCGACCGCUGCCGGUGGCAAGCCCAAGACCGCGUCUCCCGUCCCCGUCACUCAGCCUAAGGCCUCGCCCCAGCCUGUGCGCAAUAGCUCGGCAACCAAGCCCGUCGCUCAGCCGGCCCCCGCUAAGGCCGCUCCGGUUGCCAAGCCCGUGGCCGCUGCCCCUGUGGCCAAGCCUGUCGCCGCCACCUCCGCGCCUGUGCUCAAGCCCACCGCGUCUUCGUCCGGAAUGCGUCUCGGUGCCAAGAAGGUCGAGGCCAAGUUCGAUGACUGGGGAGAUGACUGGGAGAAGGAAGAGCCGGAAGAAGAAGAGACGUUUGCCUACGAGGAGGAGGAGAAGUCGUCUGGUGCGCCUUCGAAGGCGAGCGCCAGCGGCAAGAAGGGAUUCGAUUCGAGCGCUCAUCAGAACCUGCACUCUCACCGCAUCCUCGCCUCCCCAACGACCUCCACGGCCUCUGCCCCCGCUCCCUCGUCUUCCUCCAGCUAUUCCUACAAAUCCUCUGCCGCUCGUAAGGGGAACGACGAGACCUACGUAGCCCGCGACAGGUUCUCCAGCGCCACUGCCAUCUCUUCCGCACAGUUCUUUGGAGACGAUGAAUCCGGCUCUAGCAGGGGGAGCAGCGAGUCCGCCAGGGAUGUCCACUCUCGAUUCUCCUCUGCGAACUCGAUCUCUUCGGCCCAAUACUUUGGCAGGGAAGAGGAAAAUGGCGGCGGCGACAUGAGCAAUUGGAACGCCCAGACCGAUCUCAACGCCGUCAAGGACACCGUGGUGCAGGGCACCAAGAAGCUGGCGAGCAUGGCGACGGAUUUCUUCAACUCGAUGGAGAGCUGGUCGUAG